CGGGCAGGCAAGGGGCGGUCAAGGAAAGGGCGAGAGGGUGGGAGGGGGGAAGUGGGAAGAGACAAGCAAGCAAGGGGCGAGAGGGUGGUGUGGCGAUUAAGGGGAGAGAGAGCGCAAGGGAAGGGGUCCCUCACUUUUGUGCGGGCGAGAAUGGCGAGGAGGGAAAAGAGAGCGAGAGCGCAAGGAAAGGGAUCUCCUCGCGCUUCCGCUCCUUGCAGUACCUCACCCCUCACUCUUGCUUGCCCCUUUGCUGCCCCGCAUGCCCUCAAAACCCCACUGACACACCGCCCGUGGGUCUUGCUCUGCUGAUGCUUCUUUCGCGCCCCAGGGCCUCUCCAUGCCCAUCAUCGGCGCCUGUUUCGAAAACGCGACGCUGUUCCUCACGUACAACUAUGUGCAGGCCCAGCUGCGGCGCUACAACGGCGAAGCGGUGCCGCUGCUCACCUCCUCGACGUUGGCGGCGGCAGAAGCGGCGCCUCUCUCCAUGGCGCAGCUCUCCAUUGCCGCCGCGGCCGCGGGGGCCGUGACGUCGUGCGUGCUGACGCCCAUCGAGCUCGUCAAGUGCCGCAUGCAGGUGCAGCAGCUGAGCAACCCGGGCGUCGCGCCGAAGCUGCUCCCCGGCCCGCUGGCCCUCGUGCGCGACACGCUGCGCACGCACGGCCUGCGCGGCCUCUGGCUCGGCCAGACGGGCACGCUGCUGCGCGAGACGGGCGGCGGCAUGGCGUGGUUCCUGGCGUUUGAGGGCGUGUGUCGGGCGGCGCAGACGCGCAGAAGAAAUGCGGGACGCAAGGCGGCAAAGCAGGACCUCAGUGCGCCGGAACUGAUGCUGGCGGGCGCGUGUGCGGGCGUGGGCUACAAUGUCGUGCUGUUCCCGGCCGACUCCGUCAAGUCUACCAUGCAAACGACGGCGGAACUAGCGCGCGCCGGUGCCGGUGCUGCGGCAGACGUAGCACCAGCAACAGCGCGCAACGGCUUCGUCGCUACAUUCCGAGACAUCUAUCGCCGCCGCGGCGUGCGAGGCUUGUACGCGGGAUGCGGCGUGACUUGUUUGCGAAGCGGACCGUCUAGUGCUCUCAUCUUCCUCAUGUACACCAAGCUCGAGCAACUCGCCGACGUCUACGCCAUCUAAGCUGCCCCCCUUUCCACUUAAUCGUCACGCGCACACAUCAAGACACGAUAGAAUCAAUGGGCCUCCUUUGC